GGGGCGUCCCGGCCGCGGCGCGACCAUGACUCUGGAGUCCAUGAUGGCCUGUUGCCUGAGCGACGAGGUGAAGGAGUCGAAGCGCAUCAACGCCGAGAUCGAGAAGCAGCUGCGGAGGGACAAGCGCGACGCUCGCCGCGAGCUGAAGCUGCUGCUGCUGGGCACUGGGGAGAGUGGGAAGAGCACGUUCAUUAAGCAAAUGCGUAUAAUUCAUGGCUCAGGCUACUCUGAAGAGGACAAAAAAGGCUUCACCAAGCUGGUGUACCAAAACAUCUUCACUGCCAUGCAGUCUAUGAUAAGAGCCAUGGAAACCCUGAAGAUUCUGUACAAAUAUGAACAGAACAAGGCCAAUGCAGUGCUGAUCAGAGAAGUGGAUGUAGAAAAGGUCAUGACAUUUGAGCAACCAUAUGUAAGUGCAAUUAAAACAUUGUGGAAUGACCCUGGAAUACAAGAAUGCUAUGACAGGAGAAGAGAAUAUCAACUUUCUGACUCAGCUAAAUACUAUCUCAGCGAUGUGGAUCGUAUUGCCACCCCAGGAUAUCUACCAACUCAGCAGGAUGUGCUACGGGUCAGAGUCCCUACAACCGGCAUCAUAGAGUACCCCUUUGACCUAGAGAACAUUAUCUUCAGAAUGGUGGAUGUUGGAGGUCAGAGAUCAGAACGAAGGAAGUGGAUCCAUUGCUUUGAAAAUGUGACUUCCAUCAUGUUUUUAGUAGCACUUAGUGAAUAUGACCAAGUUCUGGUGGAAUCUGAUAAUGAGAACCGGAUGGAAGAGAGUAAAGCUCUCUUUCGAACCAUUAUAACUUAUCCAUGGUUCCAAAACUCUUCUGUUAUCCUCUUUCUCAACAAGAAAGAUUUGUUGGAAGACAAGAUCCUGUAUUCCCACCUUGUUGACUAUUUCCCAGAGUUUGAUGGCCCACAGAGGGAUGCACAGGCAGCCCGUGAGUUCAUCCUCAAGAUGUUUGUGGAUUUAAAUCCCGACAGUGAUAAAAUCAUCUAUUCCCAUUUCACAUGUGCCACAGACACAGAAAACAUCCGGUUCGUCUUUGCAGCUGUCAAGGACACCAUCCUACAGCUCAACCUGAAGGAAUACAACCUGGUUUGACCUGCUCUGCUCUUGCCCCUUGAGAGGCUUCUUUGUGAAGAAAAGACAAAAAAAAAAAAAAAACAAACCCAAAAAAAAAAAAAAAAAAAAAGAAAUUUUAAAUAUGACAGGAUAAAAAAAAAAAAGUUUUAAUUUUUGAUGAUGUAAUGAUUGCAAAUUGUCUGAUCUGUGGAGUGGCAAGUGCUCGGUGUUAUCCUGGAGUCUCAUGUCUCUGUCCACAGAGUAGUUGAUUUCAUAUUUUUAACAAAUUGCUUUUAUGUCACAGUUAACGGGGAUAUGCCUCAUUUCUUCAGCACCUUGCUUACUUCUUAAUUUUUGCCAAGCAGCUAAGGCAGCCUCAUCUUGAUCUUUCCUUUGUUGCUAAGCCACUUUUUUUUUUUAUUUUUAAUUUUUUCCCCCCUUUCAUUCCCAUGGUAUACGUAGAGAAAAACAAAAAUCCCCGACACUUCCCAGCUGAGAUUGUGAAUUCACUGGACUGUGGGAGUGCAGAAUGCUACUGGUCCCUUUGCCUUGUGCUAGAGGGUGCCUCUGGUGUAAUUUGUUAAUCCUGCUUCCUUCCCCUCCUUCUUUCCUUUCCCUUCCCCAGGACACGCUCCAUGGUUCACUGUGAUGAAAUGUUGGGGAGGAGCAAUUGCUCUCCAACUAUUGUGCAAAAAAAAAAGAAAAAAAAAAAAAAGAAAAAGGCAAAACAAACAAACAUACAAAAAAAAAAAAGCCAUCACUUUUCCAUUCUUUAUAUGUUCUGAGUAAUUUUUUGUUAUCAAUUAUAAAAGGUAUGGAGACUGUGAUUUUUUUUUUUUAAAUUAUUGAUGUUCUAUACAUAGUUUGCUAUGUGUUGCUGUAUUUUGUUCAUGGACUACAAAUGAUGGAAGCUCUUGGAGCAAUAGCUGCUGAGCCUGGGGAAGUGCCUGACUGUAAUUGUUCUUUUUUAAUUUCAUUUUUAUUUCACUUUUAUUGCUUUUUUAAAUUUUUUUUCCCCGCACACACACACAAACACAUCCCACCCACACCACAAGCACGUGGCCAUGUGUGCACAGGGCUCAGUCUGCAGAGAGGAACUGUUUUGUUGGGAAGAGUUUUUGCCAUCAAUGAGCAACUUCUCUAUGCAGCAGUUACCAAAAGCACACUGAGUGAUUGUGGCACUCCAACAUCAGACUUUGCCUGGAUUGAAAACCUUAAUCUUGUGCCAUCCUCUAGGUCUUUUCUUGCUGCCUAAUAGCAAUCAAGCCUUGUUUUAAUUGCAUUUUGUGCCAGUGUGUGAAUGACUUUGUAAGAAUUCCUCAGCCUUGCAGAGUUUGAGAGGACCAGAGCUGGAGGGCGAGAGGCUCUGCCAGGAUUGUUCCUUUUGGAGCUUGAGGAUGGCUCUUGGAGGGAGUUCUGUCCCUCCUGUUGAUGCAUUCCCCCUCUUUGGAGGAGUUUGGGAUCCUCUUUGGAGGAUUUGCACACAUCCUUGCUGCAGGGUGCUAGCAGUGGUUAAUGAAUUGUUAGCAGUGGUUAAUUGUUAGCAGUGGCUGCUGCAGAAUCCAGAGAGCCCUGCCCUGGCUGUGCUUGGUGCAGCAGGAGAGGAGGAGAGAGGCAGCAGCACCAGCUGGAAGGCAGAGUGGGUGAAAUCGUGGAUUCUCAAUGCCACCUGAAUCUCCACUGAGCAGGAGGAGAAGCCUUUGCACACAGGAGAGCUUUAAAGCUUUAUUUUGCAGGAGCUGAAGCAAAUCAAGGUGCUGAAGGGAGAGGAGAGAGGCAGCAGCGCUAGCAGGGAGGCAGAGUGGGUGAAAUCGUGGAUUCUCAAUGCCACCUGAAUCUCCACUGAGCAGGAGGUGAAUGAAGCCUUUGCACUUGGGAGAGCUUUAUUUUGCUGAGCUGAGGCAAAUCAAGGUGCUGAAGGGCUGCUGAAGGGAGGAAGAGGUGCAUUGGCAAGGCAGGGAGAGAGGGUGUGGGAAGCAGGAGGUGAGACCCACUGGGUGUGUGUCAGUCACUGAUGCUUCUGUUUCAAUUCCAACAACAAGAAUCGGGUCCAAAUUCUCCGGAUCAACCAAACUGCCCCCUCGAAGGCUGCCCAUAGAAAAAAGACUAAAAAAAGACUGAAGGAGCUGCACUGUUGGAGGGGGCUGUUGAUAUUUUGUCUCUUUUGUAGACAGAGCACUACAUCAGUGUUUUGCACAACGUUGUAAGAGUAAAUCUGACUGUCUGAGAUGCUUAAGAUGCUUUGAUCUAGAACACUAAACCGUGGAGGGACAUAAUUUUGAGUGAUUCUGUUGAUAGCUCCCUCAUUUUCCAGAAGCCUCUGUGUGCUCAGAGUGCUACAGAGCAAAGCAAGCUCUGCUCCAGGUGAUUCCAGAGCUCGAGUUGGAACAGUAGCCAUGGGACCAACAGUUGAAGAGCCAGUCUGAGUGGUGAUGCUGAGGGAAACAUAGCAUCUCUCUAGACUAGCCAUGCUCUGGACUGCAUUUAACCCUUGGGAGGAAUGAGGAGGGAUUCCCAUGUGUCAGACAGCUUUGCAUCAAUUUUACUGCUUUUUUUUUGUUUUGUUGUUUUUUUUUUUUUCAUCUUUAUGCCAAAAUGAUCCAGUUUGUAGAAAUUGUCUUAUAAAGAGGAAUUUAUAAUCAUCUUCAUGUAUUCUAAGUGCUGUUCCUCUGAAGCAGACAGCAGCACCAACCUCUUCUGCUUCUGUGAUCCUUUUGUAAAUGGUUCACACUACAGCUGUUGCCAGCAAUGAGCCUGGCACUGACAUACACAGGUUCUUGGAAAAUAACUUCCCAGAAGUUUCUCUUUUCCAAGCUGAAUGAUGGUGGUACUUCCACUUGAAUCAGAAACUUUUUUUUUUUUGUCUUGUUUUGUACCUUCCCCUUUCUUUAAGAGCUGCUGCCCUGGCACAGGAGGAGGGAUCUUGGCAUCUGUCUCUUUGCAGAGUGACUCUGCAUCGUGGGAAGCUGUGGGCACAGGGAUUUAGGAAAGGUGCUGUACCUUGUGGGGCACCUGCUUGGGGUGGCUGUUGGCCUGAGAAGUGGCUCAGGGGAGGGGAGGGAAGGGCUGAGCUUUGCUCAGUGGCUCUUGCUGAGUUCUAAAACCUCCUCCUGGACUGGGGUAGGAAUGGGUCAGACCUGUCCACGUCACCUGGAGCUGUCUGUGACUGUAUCACGUGUGAGAAGAUUGCAGUGUUAGCACGUGUGCUUUCCUUAGUGAGCAGCUGCUCGUGUGCCUCCAGCUUGGCCAGUGAAGUGUUCCUGCAGAACUGGCUCCUGUCUCUGUUGGCUGGCAAAUGCAAAAGUGCCAAACCUUAAAAACCAAAUUUGCCUGUAUCGACCUUUCUGAAAGCGAGGCCUGUCAGAAUUCUGUGCAGGCUGAGCGUGACUUUCAGACGAAAGGUUAAAAUUGGGUUGUUGUAGGGAAUCCAGAGCCUGAGGAGUUGGCUCUCCUUGCUAACCUCUGCUCCUUGUGCACUUUUAAUCUUUGUUCUGGUGAAGAAACCAACAUACUUGGAACUGGUUUGAAACUUGAAGUCAGUGAGCAGAGGACCAUCCCUUUUCCUUCACCAUUCCAUGUGGAUUGGCAACCUGGUGAGCAAAAGCCCCUUCCAGCUGCAGCGUGUCAGCUCCUGCCCUUCCUCCCUCCCCCUUCUCCUCCAGUUGGAUUCUUUGGUCUCUCGUUGUUGCUUCCUAGCAAUGUUGGCCUUGCGUUCAACUAUGGGUUUUUCUUCAUGUGUUUUAUUGGUUUAAAAAAAAAAAAAAAAAAAAAAAGACAAAAAAAUACUUAAAAAAACCCAAACAAAUGGAAAAAAAAAAAAAAAAAGACAAAAAAAAAAAAAGUACUUCCGGAGUGUGCUGACCAUUGUAUUGUCCUGUACAGAGCCCAGGUCGUUAGAGUCCAGCAGAGAUAAAGUGUGUUAUGCAGCACCCAGUUUUUUAAGAGUAUGGUUUGUGCCAAUGCCCCUUCUUUUAGUAGUGCCAGAGACUCUUUACAAGUGCCAAUGUGGUGGAAAUUAUUUGGUUAUACUUGUAUAUUAUAGGAUCCUGAUUUAAGACAAUUUAAACAUUAUCCUAUUUAAAAAGAAUACUAUAUAAAAUGCUGUUUUUAAACCUUGUCAUUUGCAAUGCAUGUAUUGUUGUGCGUGUUGGGGGGCGGGGAGGGAAGAGGGUAGGGUAAAGGAGUUUCUGAAUAAGAUGCCCAGUGUCAGGAUCUAUUCAGACUCCAAACUGUCUCAUUCCAGUCCAGGAGUGUGAUUGUUUCUUGGAAUGAUCCCACUCUGACUGCUGGGCAACACGCUUAUUACAGAAAUAUCUGAUGGAAAUUGAUUUUCAUAUCUUUCUCCUGAAAUAAACUCUCUGUUUGAAAUUGGAAUAAAUUUUGUUCCUAAAA